GGAAGAAGUUGAGGAGCAGAGUGCUGAUGGGUCUCGGUGUGCUGCUGCUUUCUGUGGUCUGGGGUCGGUUUUAACCAGCUAGGGUGUGUUUUCUUUUGGGAGAGGAUAAAUUCGGGAUGCAGUGCAUGGGGUGCUAGUGUUUUGUCUCAGUCAAUGCAUUGUUUAGUUCAGUGUCCCGGAAAUAACUGUCCAACCUUCAGCACUGGUGUCUCAUAUAGAGAUAUAAGAAUCUAAAUAAAGGACAUCUGACCUCAUCAGCCCCUUGUUGAAGCUUGGAUCCAGCCCUCAUCAUGUCCACGGAUUAUAUGAGUCCCCUGGUGCAGAAGAGACAGAGGGAGGAAGAGAUGAGCCAGUGGGACUGCCAGGCGAAAAGAGCAUGCACUGAACUGGGAAGAUGCAUCGAGGUCAGAUGUGAUGUUGUGAUGGACAGCCCGAUGGACUCCUGGGACACCCAGCAAGUAGGCCAUGACAACAGCGGCGGUGCAGAUCACCACGUCACCACUAUGGUUCUUGGCACAGCUCAGCAAUCCUGUCCCAGGUGCAUGGCAGGAGAACCGGGCCAUAUAAAUCAUAUCACGCAGAGAUAUUGAUCACGAGGUCAGACAGGUCCUGGAGAGGAUGAAUAAGGAAGCAGACUGCACGGAUCUCUGGGAGUGGAGGAGAAGGCGCCUGUACUUUGGCCAGUUCAUAUCACAACACGUUUUGUGCCUUAUUUAUCACCACAAGUACUCAACCUCUGGAUUCUAACGUAGCCUGUGGUUUUGUUUUGUCAUUGUUUCUUUGUUUUUUGUUUUUUUUCUUGUUUUUUAAUCUUAGCACUUAUAUAUAUAUAUAUAUAUAUAUAUAUAUAUAUAUAUAUAUAUAUAUAUAUAUAUAUAUGACUGCUGGUUUAAUGGAAGGGCUGCCCAAUUACUCAUAAGUUCAGGUUUUCAAAUUCAACACGAAUCUUGUUAAUUAAGAUACUACGAUUGUGUAGUUUGCAGGGCAUUCAGUGAUGAUUUGUAGAAAGCUGUAUUUCUAUCCAUUUUGUGUUUUAGCGUAGACCAAAGGUGUUUCAGAUUAUUACUGUGUCUUGCUUUUUGGAAAGUAUGACACAACACAAUGCAGUGAUAUAUUUUAGAGUGAUUUUGUAGAAUUAAACGCUUCAAAGGGAAUGUUUUUUAUUUAAAAUGGUAAUAGGAGUAAUUAUUUUAAUAAUGAUCUUUUUAGCAAACUCCAUUAGAUUCAUUAUAAAAUAUUUAAGUUAGUCCACAAAAUCGAGUCGUGCAUGAGCUAUAAGCCGUGUACGACAAGAUUGAGCGGAAUAACUGUUUUAUUCUAUCCACAUUCACUGGAUUUUGAGAAACGGAGCAUUUUUAUUUUUUUGCAAAUUCAUAAAAUAAAAACAAUACGUAACAUCCAACAAAAUCAUUUCUGCGUAGGAUGCCAACAAACUGUCAGGAUGACAGGAGCAAUUUGUGAAAAAAUGCUGCUAUAAUAAUUCUUGAAAAAUAAUUAAAAAAAAAAGAGAGAGAUAAAAAGUAUUUUUUGGAAAGUAUGACACAACACAAUGCAGUGAUAUAUUUUAGGGUGAUUUUGUAGAAUUAAACGCUUGAAAGGGAAUGUUUUUUAUUUAAAAUGGUAAUAGGAAUAAUUAUUUUAAUAAUCUUUUUAGCAUUUUUCUUCACAUUUCUUACAAAAAUUCCAUAUUUUGUUGCAUUUUUUUGGGUGUGUGUGUUUUAGAGUCGAGUUUUUAUUUCGCCCUCAGUUGGUUCAGCAAAAUGCUCCGCCAUUUUGUUUUUCUCUCCUCAUGGUAUAUGAGCUGAUAUCCUAGUAGUAGAGUAGCCAAUCAGAGUGCACAACUGCUCAUAUCCAGUGAAUGUGGAUAGAAUUAAAAAAAAAAAAAAGAUUGUACUGUUUUUGUAUCUCGAGAUUGAGCCUUUUAAAAUCAGGCAAGUGGUUAAAAAUUGCACAGAGCUUCAUUAUGUAAUUAUUAAGGCUUUUAUUAUUAUUAUUUUUUUUCUUUCACAUUUUUCUUUUUACAUUUUAAAAACAGUAUUUAUAUACUCCUUGUAUUUUUCUCCAGUUUCAAAUACUGUGAUGUUAAUAAUUACUUGGGAAU